AUUCGAGCCAUGAAUAUGCAGACUGUUCAGUUUAUGGGUCCUGCACAACAACAGCAACAGCCACCACCAUUUAGAUAUAAUGGACCACCAUUGCAUACAAUGCAACAGCAGCAACAACAACAGCAUCCACAUCACCAGCAACAUCCACAUUCACAUCAACAACAACAACAGCAGCAGCAACUGCUGCAGCAUCAACAGCAACCAGCCUGGUUUGUUAAUAAUGGUAGCUCCACUCCUGGCAGUGGUGGUGUUGGUGUCGGUGGUAUUAGUGUUAGUGGCAUUGAAUCUGCUGGUUCUAGUUCUGUUACAAAUGCUGGUUUUCUGCCAAAUACAAAUCCAAUUUGUAGCACUACACCAAUUAAAGGAAAGCAACAUUCUUCGUUUACAAAUCAAACAACCUUUAAUAAUCCCAAACAGCAGCAUCAGCAACAAACGUCAGUGGCAUCAUCAGCGGCAUUAAUACAAAAUCAACAACAAAAUUUCCAACAGUCACCAUCAUCAUCAUUUCCGCAUAAUACUAACAAUCCCCCUGUGGCAACAUCUGCUGCAACAACUAGUCUGGGUCAAAAUUUUAUUAAUUGCAAAUCAAUUGCAACGGCAUUGCAACACCAACAACAACAACAGCAUCAACCACAACACAUCACAAUGGGUCCGACAAAUAUAAAUGGUACACAGCAACAGCAACCGGCUCAAUUGCAGCAAUUACAACAAAUGCAACAUCAGCCACAACAACAUUUACAGCAGCAGCAACAACAGGUGACACCUGAUAAUCAGCAAUAUCAUAUACAACAACAACUGCAGCAACAACAGGCGGGCUCCGAUCAAUUGUCAAAAACAAACGUCUACAUACGUGGUCUGCCCGAGGGUACGACCGAUAAGGAUUUAGUUAUUUUAUGUUCAGAAUAUGGUACCAUUGUAUCAGCCAAAGCUAUUUUUGAUAAAACAACAAAAAAAUGUAAAGGUUAUGGUUUUGUAGAUUUUGAAUCACCAGCAUACGCUGAUAAUGCCGUCAAAUCGUUGCAGGCAAAAGGCAUUAAAGCACAAAUGGCAAAAGUGGGUGUUUGGGUGCUACUUAGGCCGGCCAUUCAACAAGAACAAGAUCCAACAAAUUUGUAUAUAACAAAUUUGCCACCAUAUUUCAAAGAGACUGAUUUAGAGAAAAUGCUAUCCAAGUAUGGUCAUGUGGUAUCAACAAAAAUCUUAUGUGAUGCACAAAUGAAUUCGCGAGGUGUGGGCUUUGCACGCAUGGAGAGCCGUGAGAAAUGUGAGCAGAUUAUACAGGUGUUGAAUGGUACUACAAUACCGGGUGCUAAUGAUCCGUUGGUGGUGAAAUUCGCCGAUAGUUGUUCGUCAGCUAAAAAGAAUUUAUUGAAGGCACGAGAUCCCAAUAAUCGCUCACGUCUGGAUAUAUCGGCCGGAACCACAGGUAUGGAAAGUAUACCUGUGACCCCUGAUCCAGGGGCUCAGCAAAAUGGUAGUACAGCUGGCUAUACUCGUUUUGGUACACCCCAAAUAGGUAGUUAUCCAUUGGCUAGUUCUCCCUGGAUACCCGGCUAUAUGAUGGCAGCCGCGGCUACACAGCCCGCUACGGCCUUCGAAAAUCAGUAUUUACAAUUGGCCUCAUCGCCACAACAUUUGAGUGUUUCUCCUUAUAAGCCGGAUUUGGUAAAUGCCUUGCAGGCUCCGGGCAUGUAUUUGAAUGGUUCAGAGGCUGUUAUGCAGUAUGGUGCUAUGAUGGGUCCACCCAUGGGUCCUUUACAGUAUAUAAGCCCUACAUAUCCCUAUUAUGCUCCAGCACCUCCUAUGAUUCCUACCAUGUCUUUAACAGAUUCUACAGAUCAAACAUUGAGUACUGCAGCUUCGCCUAAUGGUGCUGCCUACACGCAAUUCUUACAUCCCUUAGCACCCAAGUAGAUAAAUUUACUAUAUUAAGUUCUGUCUAAUACAUUAAACCAGCGGAAGUGUAGUAAGAAACCAAAACAUUUUUCCAAUUUUUGUGUUUAAAACUUAAACUUUAAGAUUAAAAAAUAAAAAAAAAAACCAAGAAAAAUAACGCUUUUUGUGGGAAAAUAUUAAAACAAAAACGAAAAAAAAAAAUCAGCAAUUAAGGCAUUUUUUACAUGAAUUCCAUUAAGCAUAAACAAGUUGGCAACCUUGUUGGCACGGGUGAUGUUGAGCGUACAUUUUUUAACCCAACAAACAUUUUUGUUUUCAACUGAAGACAAUCGAGUCGGGGAAAGAAUAUAAAAUGAAAAAAAAACCAGUAUAAAAAAUGAAAAUUUAAAAAUUUAAGUAAAAUUUAAAAAAGAAAAGAAAAAUAAUUUUGUUUUGUUUUUAAUGUUUUUUUUUUUUUUUGUUUGUUUUGGUAGUGUAAUAUUAAUAAUAAUUAUAAUAUUAUAAACAACGUAUGUAUUUUCUUUUAAUUUUUGAGUAAUUUUAAGCUGCACUUUCCAUAGUUUCUCUUCUCUUUUUUUUAUCGCCUCUAUAUACUUGAUAACGUUAAUAAGGAGCCCAUUCUAAAUCGUGCUCUCGUAAUUUAUAUUAGAAGUCAUCAUGUUUUUUGAUUUGUUUAGUUUAAGUAGUUCAGUAAUAAAUUAAUGUUUUUUCUUAAACCUUUUUUCUUAAGCUAUUUAAACUAUUUUUGUAAAAUUUUCCAAAAAAAAAAAAACAAUUUAAAUUAUAAACAGAAAUCGAAAAAAAUUAAAUCCAGUAGUUCUUAAAUAAGAAAAAAAAUGUAGUAGUAAAAAAAAAAAAAAUAAAAGUAAAAAUGGAAAUAAAAACCAUAAAUGGAAACAGAAGAAAACCAUGUUUUUAAAUUUAAGUCAAGAAAAAAAAACAA